AUGCUGAAAGCUAGUGCACCGCAUCUUGUUUGGGCCUCUGGUCACUUUCUCACGUUUGUCGCCGGUAUGCGCUACUGGCUGGCGACUGCUACGUUGGCAUGGUCUGGCUACGAUUUGUGGUACCGUUUAGCCUACAUUGGCGCGAUUGUAAGCUACGGUGUUGUGAUCUAUAAGAGCUUCGGUGUUCCUCGCACUGAUAAAUCAUACGUUCAACGCGCUCUUAUGGAUGAGAAUGUUCAAUACCUUGUUAUCGCAAUGUAUUGGUGCUGGAUCAAGCCCAUUUCUUUAACACUCAUUCCUUACAUCACAUUCUCCCUUUUCCAUCUCCUUACUUUCACCCGAACAACCAUUUUGCCAUCCAUCAAGCCAGCAUCCCAGAAUGCGGACGGCACCUCGACACCUGCGGGUGGCGAGAUGUCCAAAUCUAUUCAAAAGUGGGUAAAGCAAAACUACGACGUUGCAAUGCGCUUUGUCUCGUAUGCUGAAGUGGUGAUUUUCGUGCGAGUUCUUAUUGGUGCAAUGUUGCUUCGUAAUUCGCUUCUCGCGCCACUUUUCUAUGCUCACUUUUUACGGCUGAGGUUCUAUAUGAGCAGCUUUACCCGUGCUGCACUACAGCAUGUGCGAGCAGAAUUGGAUCAAAUUACGCAAUGUUCAUCCUGCCCGCCAAGCGUUCGGAAAGGCUAUUUGAUGCUCACUGAUCUUGUCACUCGUUACGCGAGCACGGUUCUUAGUAUCAACCGUAACCAACCUGAGGCCAGCAGCGCUGCCUCAUCGCGUCCUUAUGCUUCAACUUCAUCCCCGGCAGAUCCCACAAAGUUGAAAACUCGCUAG